GUCCUCCUCCCUCUGCUUGAGCUCACCUCCCUCCUCUCCCUCCUCUACGUCUUAUACCCUCGCAGCCACAGCAUCAUGAAGUUCUCGACGCUCGCCUCGGGCCUCGUCUCGGCCGCCAGCCUCGCCGCCGCGCAGCUGCAGCUCGCCGCCAACGGCACAAUCUCCAAGGGGCCCUUCCCGGCGGACCUCAACGGCUCCAACUUCACGUACCCGUGGCCCGUCAACGUCUUUUCCUUCCAGAGCCAGCAGCAGCAGCUGCAGAUGGCCUUUAUGGACGUCAAGCCCACCUGCGCGCCCAACGGCCAGACCGCCGUCGUGCUGCACGGCAAGAACUUCUGCGGCCCGACGUGGAACGACACCAUCGUGGCCCUCGCCGGCGCGGGAUACCGCGUCAUUGCGCCCGACCAGGUGGGCUGGUGCAAGAGCUCCAAGCCGGACAACUACCAGUUCAGCCUCAACCAGCUGGCCUUCAACACGCGCGGCCUGCUCAACACGCUGGGCAUCGGCAACAUCACGCUCAUCGGCCACUCGGUCGGCGGCAUGCUCAGCACGCGCUUUGCGCUGCAGUACCCGCAGACGAUUGACCGCCUGGUGCUGGUCGACCCCGUCGGCCUGGAGGACUAUGUGGAAAAGGGCGUGCCGUACGUGUCCAUCGACUACGACAUCGCCGCCGAGGCCGCGCAGACGUUCGACGCCAUCAAGGCCUACGAGCAGGCCAUCUACUACGUCGGCCAGUGGCAGGACUCGUACACGGUCUGGGUCACGAUGCUGACCAACAUCUACUACGGCUCGCGGCGCGCGCAGUUCAUCAAGAACCAGGGCCAGAUCGUCGACAUGGUGCUCACCUCGCCCGUGGCCCACUACUUUGGCGACAUUGUGUCCAAGACGCUGCUCAUCGUCGGCGACGAGGACCACGUCGCCAUUGGCUCCAACUGGGCCUCGCCCGAGGUCGCCGCCACGCUGGGCCACUUCAACGUGCUGGGCCCGCAGGUCUGCGGCGAGAUCCCCGACUGCACGCUGUACCAGUUCCCGACGCUGGGCCAUGCGCCGCAGAUUUCGGCCCCGUCCAACUUUACAAAGGUUGUGCUUGACUGGCUGAAGGAGUGAAGAGGAGGUGUUGAAUGAGUGAGGAUUUGGUAGAAAUGGAGGCGUUGAUGCCUUUUUUUAAUGCACAUGUAUAUAUGGUAUAUAUAUCAAUGAGCCUAAUGACGAUUUGUAGACUUGAUUUAUUGCUCUUGAUAUAAUUGGUUAUGAGAAAAGAAGCUCCAUCUUCUUUCAAUAAGCUAUUUACUUCUCGUUUCAGUGUAUUUGUAUAUAUGAGCGUGUAUGCGCAUAUCAAGGUGUAUAUGCUAAAUUCAGUAGCAAACACUUGUACAAGAUCAAUCAUCUCUUCUUUAUAUACUAUAAUCAGUCUGAUUGGCUCUCUUGAUAGAUAAAAGUAGACGCAUUGUUUUACAGCACCAAUUGAAGCCUUCACUUCAUCCCAACCUCUCUUUGUGACCUCAUCUGAACAUGUCCCUUUCAAGUCAACACCACCCAUACUUCAACUCCCGUUCACUUUCACCACCUCACCACUCCCAUUCAAAAACCCCCAUCUUCAUCCUCCUCAUUUUUCUUUGUCUUCCCCCCCUUUCCAUCUCUUUCAUCUCCCCUUCAUACAAUCAGCUUCAACCAAUAUAUACAAAAAAAAAACAUCUCAACAACACCAUCUUUCCUCAAACUCGCACCAAAAUCCAUCAUGACUUCUCUCUUCCAACUCUCCCCCUUCCUGCUCCUCAUCCUCCUCUACGGCCUCUGCCCGCAACACUUCCCCCCCUCGGCAGCAACAACCAGCUUCUUCAUCCUCUACGCCAUCGCCGCCCAGCUCAUCAUCCACCGCGCAUCGACAAUCUCCGUCCUGCACAGCCUCAGCAUCAUCCUCCUCAGCGCGGCGCACUUGGCCGUGGCGGCAAUCUACACGCUCUAUUAUACAGUCCAGGCAGUCAUGCGCGCGAGAAGCGCCCUCUUUGCGUAUUUCGAGAGAGUGCACCGGCAGAUUCACCAGUUGGCGAAUUUAACAGGCAUGAGACUCAAUCGUGUGCCGGCGCCGACUUGCUUGACUCUUGGGCUGGAUAUCCUCCGCGACGAUCAAAGUACCUUUUCGGAGACAACUUCGGCCUAUUCUUC